GUCUGGGCCACACUCCUCCAUGUUCAGAAACUCAGUUCCCACCAGAUGAGCAACAGAAGACGAUCAAGGCCAAGUCCCAUACAAAGUAUAGGAAAAAAAAGAGAGCUAAAUGGCAUUUGUAUAAUGAAAGCACUCCAGAAGGAUGUGCUCACAGAACCGAUCCAAACUGUAACAUACUGAUUCAAAAAUGAGCUUAAGGAAUGUCACCAAGGAAGAUGUUUGUUCACCAGACUGCCGUGAAGGAGAACCCCAGGGAGGACCCUGGUGGCGGAGGAGCUGGGGAGGCCGUGGAGUCUGAUGUUGAAGGAGAAAAGGGUGAGGCGCCAGCAGAUGUUCCAGGGCCUGGUGGGGCCCAGGUCAAGGCAGUAAACCUGCGGCCACGUAACCACUACAGACGCGGGUCCUCCCCGCAAUCACCAGCAGAAUCACCAGAAUCCUCCGUGGGGAACAGAAGGAGGGAUGAGACAGCGCUGCCGCAGGCCAGGCCCCACCACGCCGGCCCCACCGCAGAGUCCCACUUUCCUCCAUGGAGGCCGCAGUUCUCCAGCCUCCGGGGCGGCCGGGCGCAGCGAUGCAGAGGUGACAGAUGCAGGGGUGACAGCACAGGGAGCGGGGAGACCAGCGAGGCAGCGAGUGUACCAGGGACGCAGACCACGAUUCCGCAGGGCCCACCUCACCCAAGACAGCCUGGAGAGGACAGCGAUGAAGAGGAUAAAGACAAUCCAGGAGAUGAGACCCAAGGUCACCAGCCACCUCAGCACCGGGCCGCCACAACUUCAAUUACCGACGCUGUCACCCAGAAAACCCUAAACCACAACAUGGCAAAGACACAGAAGCAGCUGAUCCACCAGCUGAGAAUUCCUGGCUCCAGGCUGAGCAAAUGCCGGCUGCUACCUCUACCAUCACCCGGUUUAGUCAUCAAACAAGAACUAGGAAAUUCCAGCGAUAAGAAAUGAACGAAAAUUGGAGCUGAAGACCGUAAGUGCCUGCUUUUUGUCCGUUGACCAGGUAACUAGAACUAUCUGCAUUAUCUGUGGGGCAUGGGGUUUCUAAUUAUUUUUACCUAAAGACGUCUCUUUUUGGUAAUAACAAAGUGUUUUUUUUUUAAAAAGCCUGGUUUUUCUCAAUAUGCCUUUAAAGGUUUUAAAAUUAUUUCGUAUCUGCUCAUGUCGAGAUUUUUAAGAACUUCAUUUUUAAUUUGUCGCAAAAGUUUACAACUUGGUUUUUUCAAAAAAGUAACAAACUGCAAGCACCUGUUAAUAACAGUCUUAAAUAAAAACAAACAGGCCUAGCAAUGAAAGGAGGGAAUUAGCACACACUGGUGUUGAAAACGGCUUUGACAAAUAUGCUCAAUGUGCUAAAAAAAAAAAAAAUUAUAGGAAAACUUGAAGAUAAUGAGGAUUGAAACUGUCAAAUCAGAAUUGGUCAAGGUCACGAAAAAUAAGGCAAAUCUGAGAAACUACCAGAUUACCAGUGUCCUGGAAGAGGCUAAGAGGACGUGAGGACCAAGCGCCACGUGGUGCCUGAGCCGCGUCCUGGAACAGAAAAAGGACAUAAUUGGAAAACCCGGUGAAACCUAAGUAGCCUGCAGGUUAAACAGCAACGGACCAAUGUUCAUUUCUUAGUUUUGACAAAUGCGCCACAGUUAACAUCAGGGGAACGGGAUGAGGAGUGUAUGGGAACUCUCUGUAUUAUUUCUGCCACUUUCCUAAAAGUAAUCCCAAAGUGCUCCCAAAUACUAUAUUAUUAAUAUGAAUAUAAAGUAAUUCACUUUAGAGAUCUGAAAAUGUGCUCCAUAAAAUUGACAAGAAAAAAUUGUAAACUCCCUAAACAUCUUUCAGUUUCCUUUUUGUCCUCCUUCCCCAUUUUUUCUUUAUAAAUAUCGAUGUUUUAAUCAAAAAAACAUUAUGUUUUACAUAUUAUAUUAACUUACGCUGUC